AUGAUGAUAUCUCAGAAGACAAAGUUGUUUCUGUCUUUCUUCAUCUUCAUUUCCAUGACCUCUCUCUCAUUUGCCUUAUCUAGUGAAUACUCACUUUCAAGCAAUACCAACUUGGACAAGUUUUCCUCUUCUGAUGAACAAGUGCUUGAACUCUUCCAACUAUGGAAGAAAGAACACGGGAAAGAGUAUGAAAACUUAGAGGAAGAAGCAAAGAGAUUUGAGACAUUCAAAAGUAAUCUUAAGCAUAUCAAUGAGAUGAAUGCAAAGAGAAAAUCACCAAGUCAACAUCGUUUGAGUCUCAACAAGUUUGCUGAUAUGAGUCCUGAAGAGUUCAGUAAAACCUACUUACAAGAAAUACCCUCAAACUCCAACUAUGGUGAUAGAAAGCUUAAAGACGAAGACGACGACUGUGAUAACCUUCCAGCUUCUGUAGAUUGGAGAGAAAAAGGAGCUGUGACCGAAGUUAAGGACCAAGGAAACUGUCAGAGCCAUUGGGCUUUCUCUGUCGCUGGGACCAUUGAAGGAUUAAACAAAAUAGUGACUGGGAAUCUUAUCGACUUAUCUGCACAAGAAAUUAUGGACUGUGACCCUGCUAGCCGCGGUUGUGCUGGUGGUUUUUACUUUAAUGCAUUUGGUUGGGUUAUUAACAAUGGUGGAAUUGACACAGAAGCUAAUUAUCCUUAUACAGCUAAAAAUGGUACUUGCAAGGAAAAUGCAAACAAGGUUGUUAGUGUUGACAACCUUUAUGUUUUGGAUGGAUCAGAAGAAGCCUUGUUGUGUCGCACUAGUAAACAACCUGUUAUAGUGAGCCUCGAUGCAACUGGCCUUCAAUUCUAUGCUGGAGGAGUAUAUGGUGGAGAGAACUGCAAAAAAAAUUCAAGGAAUGCAUCUCUCGUGGGUAUAAUAGUGGGCUAUGAUUCUGUGGAUGGUGAAGAUUAUUGGAUUGUGAAAAACACAUGGGGAAAAGAUUGGGGAGUGAAAGGUUACUUGUUUAUCAAGAGGAAUGUUAUUAAGGAAUGGCCUUAUGGAGUAUGUGCAAUCAAUGCUGCGGUUGGUUACCCAGUCAAAGAAGCUUUAUCUUCAGCCAUGUAG